AUGACAUCGGCUCAACAAUGGUUUGGAAAGUUUAAAUCUCGAGCAUUGUCAGUGAAAGAAACAGCCAGAAGUCGGCUCGGAGAACUCACAGAAACGCUCGAUAAAAAACUUAAAGAAGCUCAAGACGAUCUCGAAAAACAGCGUUCUAAAGCAGAAGCAGUCGAACACGAAACUCAACAACCAAAAAAAUGGCAAUCAUCUGUUGAAAAUCCUGACGGAGAAUUUAUUUCUUUACCAAAACCACCUUCCCCCACCGUUCCAAAAACUAUUCCAAUAAUUGUCCCCAGUUGCUUACAAACACCAACUCCAACCGAAGAACCGACAACAGUAGUACAUAGAAAAUUGAAAAAAUCUCAUGCAAAAAAGAAUGGUUUUUUAUCGACUUCAGCAGUGUCACCUGAUCAUGAGACUAAUUCUGACGAAAGACAAAGGAAGCAAAACGAACAGAAAAGAUAUAAUCGUGCGGAAAUUAUGAGCUGCCUGAAUGAUAUAAUCAAUGAAAUAGCCAAUCGAGAAUUUAUCGAGCAAUGUCUCAAUGGAUUAGUCGAUACAGUAUCAAUUCCUGAUGAGUUAAUUGAAAACACUGCAUCUAUUACUAUUACAGAAGAAGAUAAUUUAGAAAUUGCACAAGAUACAACAAAUUCUGAUUUAGACAAUAAUUUAAAUCUAGAACACGAAAAUUCGACAUCAUCUAAAAUUGAGUCAGAUCAGGAAAAUAUUCAAACGAAUAUAUCAAUCGAUGAAUUACCUCCCGUAGUAAAUCUUGACAAUACAUCUAUCGCCGAUGAUGUUCAAGAAACCGUACCAGUAGAAAUGGCACAUGAGGAAGUAUCAAAACCAACGCAUAGCAACAAUGAACAGUCCGAUUCAAAUGAUAACGAUUCGUCAACGCCAGAGAAUGAAAUAAAGCAAGUUUCGAAUGAACUUGAGGAUUCAUUCAAUGAAUUUGCAAUAUCAAAUAUUAGAACAAAUUCACCAAUUAAAAAAUCGCCAGAACUAUCAGUCGUGUUGACUGAUUUAAAUGAUUUAAUAACAAAUAUUGAAAACGAUGCAGAUGUAGAACGAGAAGAAUUAUCAACUAAACAAGAUUUUCACAUACUAGACGAGACUAUUAAUAAUAUUACUGAACAAUUGAAUAAGCUCGAUACUGAACGGGAUAUUUUCUCAUCAGAGCCCACUUCAACGCUCGAUGAUGCUCAACACGAAAUUGCAAACGAACCUGUAGAUAAUAUUGAUUCAACAAUAAAUGAAUUUUUACCGGACGAAAUAAAUCAAAAUAUUUCUUCAACACGUAUCGAACCAGAAAUUGUCGAAAAGAAACGAUUUUCAAUCGUGAAUUCUAAUUUAAUUCCAUUUGAAACAACAAUUAAUCAUAUAAAUUGUUCGUUAACCUAUAUUUAUAUUUGCACAGAUGACUGCAAAAUAUUCUAUGCAAAAUUCGAUGUCGAUAAUAUGAAUUCACCACUCAAAUGGAUACAACAUUCUGAUCGAGCUGAACAACUAGUUGUUAGCAUUACGAAUCGAACAGUAUGGCGGCUUUUUAAUAAACGUCUCUACUCAUCCAGCGAUUCAAGUAGAUUUCCACCAAUUGGUUCUCAUUGGAAUGAACUAAAAAUUGACAACGGAGGAUCACUAUUGAGUAUGUCAAUUAAUGAUCAAUGUGGAUGGUGUAUUAAAGACGACGGUACACUAUGGCUGAUGCGAACGGUCGAUGAGACUUAUCAAUCGUUAAAUGUUAUGUGUCCAUUUAGUUUAAAUAGAAUCUUUUGUUUUUCGGAAAAAGUUGCUGUGACAACGAAUGAUGGGGAAAUAUUAAUUCGUGUUGGAUGUACAGAUGAUUGUCCUGAAGGUGACGGGUGGAUUUUUAUUGAACAUAAUUUUGGUCAAAUCGAUGAUUUCAUAUUAUUAACAACUAAAAAUAUUAUUUUUAUUGUGGAUAAAAAACACCAUUUAUGGAUAAACCAAUGGUCGUCUGACGGAGGGUUUUUUGAAGUUUUGUGUGAUGAUGAUUCGAUGAUAUUUAAUGAAAGAUGUUUGAUUUGUGUUAAUUCCGAGUCAUUAUUUAUUACUGAUUGUGAAGAACGAAUUCUCACUUUUUCAGACUGUAUAACUGGUGUUCAAUGGAAAUUAAUUGAAACUAAUACUCGUUUACAACGUUUAAUCGGAGCAUUUACAAAUGAAAACUUUGUUUGGGCGUUAACAACAGAUAAAAUGAUUCGUCCAUCGAAUGGUUCAAUACUUGAAAAACCUACUCAAGCUCAGUAUUUAACACAUGCAUCCUUUGUUCCAGAUAGCUGUUCUCAAGGCACUGUCCUUUGGGCACUGGAUGAAUCGUGUAAUAUUUAUGUUCGAGCUAAUUCUGAGAACAAUACAAAAUGGGAACAAUUAGAUCAAAGUCAAUUUGACUGGAAUCGAAGAUUAGUUCAUAUUGUUUGCAAUAAUUCUGGUGUAUGGGCAGUCGAUGAUCGAGGAUCUACUCAUUUUCGUCACGGUCAUAUGCCGGCUAGUGAUCGUAUUUACUUGAAUGAAUUAUCGUUAUUGCCUCCUGCUUGGAUUCCUAUACCUGGCACACCGAAAAAACAUCGAGGUUUUUCACAAAUAUAUUGUGGGCCAGCAGAUUGGAUGGUCUAUGCUACCGACAAUAAACAAACUGUUUAUGCUCGAGUGGGUAUUAACGAAGAAAAUCGUAUAGGAACAUCGUGGAAACCUUUUGAAGAUUGUUCAGCUCUUGAACUAGCUAUCAGUGAACAUACAUUAUGGUUAUUAACAAGUUGCGGUCAAAUUCAAUGCCGAGAAAAGAUUUCUAUAACAAAUCCGAUUGGAACACGAUCAACAACAUUGCCCGGUUUUUUCCUUUCACUUACUGUUUCAAUAGAUGAUAGUCAAGUAUGGGCACUUGAUUCCAAGCGUAAUUUAUUAAAACUUGAUCGAUUAACUGUUUUAUUCGAAAAAUAA